AUGAGAGACAUUCUGGAAUCUGCUGAUCCCGAAGAAAUCAUAAACACUCUCAACAAACAAAAGUUUGGAGAAGGCUAUUUAACUGUGGAAUAUAAAAAGGAUCGUGACGAAGAGCAGGUGAUACUCGCCGACGACAUCGAUCCACUAACACUGUAUGUCGGCAAUCUGGCUCAAGAAGUAACAAAGGAUGACAUCGUCAAUUUAUAUCCUAACAAUAAACGAAUAGACAUCGGAUUUGCGAAAAAAAUGAAAUUUACUCGGUACGCGUUUAUCGGGUUCAGAACCGCCGCAGAAUCAUUGGAAGCCUUUAAACGAACGCACUGCAAGCAAAUGUACAGUAAAAGUUUGAUUGUGCGAUUCAGGCGUUUGCACGGCACGAUCGGCAUGCCGGGCGAGGCGAAACCUCAAAAUCCACCAAAAACUCGAGAGGAAACGCCCGAAAUACCUGGUACUGCAAGCACAAACGGUAGUUUGAAUAAACCCGAAGACAUACCCCCGGAAGCGGAUAGUGUGGGAAUUUUCGAGGAUGAUCUCUCGGAGUCUUUGCCCGUAAAUGUCACGUCGGUUAAACGUGAACAGUCCAGUCCCGUUAGUGAUGACGAAUCCAAAUUUGAGCCAAUCUUUAGCGAUAGGAAACCGCCUGUAUUUGACGACAUGAUAGUAGGGGAAUCCAAAUGGAAUCACCGACCCAUAGGAAAAACCGAAUCAAAUGUUGAUGUCAAAACUGAGAGUGGUAUAAAAGCUGAACGACAAGAUGGCAAUGUCACUGUUAAAUCCGAACCUCACGAAUCCGACGAGGAACUGGAUAUAAGCAAUCUUUAUCGGGAUGAUGAUGAGGAUGAAGGCGAUGGCAAUGUGAAUGACGAUGAUAAUGAGGAAGACGCUUUUUCAGACAUGAUGGAUUUCGAUAGAAUAUAUGAAAACAUGCUGUUACAUAAGCAAAAGUUGAGUACGUUAAGAAGAAAUUGAAAUACGAUCAGAAACACAGAUAUGUGUGAUGAUAUGUUGUGCAGUAGGACUACAGUGUUGCUUUCUCAUCGUUUGAUGGCGAUGAUACGAGUUUAUAACUCAACAUCAAUCUAGUAUCAAAUACAGAUAUUCUGAAUGGGUUUUUUUUAUUAAUCGGUUAACUGAUUUUUUAUUUCUGUGAGCACAUUACUAUCAAUUCCCCAAUUUUGUUUUUUCAUGUGAUCAAAGACUAACUUAACUUGAACUUGUUAAUACCUACUUCUCAUACAGCAUUUCAUCACAAUGGAAAGAGUGAAUGUAUUUUUGCAGAAUUGGUAAACGUGUGCUACCAAUGUGUUUCAAGUGAUAAAUAAUUUAUUACUUUUGUUGUAUAAUGUAUGAUUCAUUGUAUAGUUUUUAUAAUUAAGCCUCGAAAAUUAGUUUUUAAUAGACCUUAGCUCACUAUGUUUUAGUAAUAAGUAAUAAUCAUUAAUACA